CCCGCCGCUCUCUUUUUCCCUCCUCCCGCAGGGUGCUUCAUCUCCACCUAAUGGCAGGCGACGCAGAAUUGCACAUCUGUCUUGUCGGGAAUUAGUUAAUUGAAUCAGGCGGCCGGAGCUGCCGCAGCGACCUCGGGCCUGGCCCCUGGGAGGGGGGCUGGGCAAGGUGGGGGGAGGCUCAGACUGGAGGGCCGCUUAGGGGGCUCACACCUAGGCUGGUGCGGGAGACGCAGUGAUGUGUGAAUGUAGGUCAAUGUCCCACUCAACCUUCCCUUCCCCCUGCACCGUGAGGACCUGGGACCAGAGGCCCCCAAGGGCUGGUUAAAAACCAGGCUCCAAGAACCAGGGCUGGAGACACAAAACUGUGCCCCUGCCAGAGGACCCACUGCUGACACACCUCUGUAGGAGCCAUUCUUGUUGACACCAUUUCCCUCCUCCCGCAAAGAGCAGAGAAGCCAAAAAGCACAGCUAAUUUCCCAAUCUGGGAAGUGGGUUAUCUUUCCCUCCCCUAUGACCACCUCCAGCCAACCUCAGAGAAUUUAUCCCUAAACAUUGGGGUCGGGUAAUUGCCCCUCUGCCUGAAGUUGGUCUUGGCUGCUGUUCAUAACUGUAUGGAACUGAUCUUAAGAGCCAGAGAGCCCGAGUGGGAUGGGACAAACCGGGGUUGCUUCUUUGAAGAGGCCCCAGCACCCAGGGGCUCCUGCCCACACUUCAGCUCAUUCCACCAGGGUCUAGGGCUUACCAGCUGGUCCUCUUUUGUUCAGUCCCCACCUUUGGGUACCCCUUACCAUUUCAGAUUCUUAGCUAAAUGAUUGAUCCUUGAGCAAUAGCCUCCCCGUUUCACAGAUGGGAAAGCAGAGGUUCAAGGAGGGUAAGUGGCUGACCAAAGACCUCGACAGCUACAAUCCGCCCUGGCCUGGAUUUGAACUCAAAUGCUCUGGCCUUUAAUGUCAGUCACUCUGCUGCUCUGCCUCCCCCUCUAAGGACCACUUUGUUGCUAGGAGACAGCAAACUGGUGGUUACUAUGGGAACUAGGCUGAUGGGGAAGGUGGAAAGAGUUGGUGUCCAGAUAGCAACAGAAAGGCUCCAGGUGGACUUCCUGGCUUCUUCCCCACUCCUCACACGGGGGCAAACUUGGGCUUUCAGCUCUGGGCUCUGGGCCCUAGUUCCUGGGGGUGCAGGGAGCAGGUUCUAAGCAGUGAGAUAAAAAGGACGCAUAGUUGCACUGGACAGUGUGUUGCAGACUAAGAACCCUACGUGAGGAUGUGAACCCUCAGAUGCAGCAGGACGAGGAACAGCGCAGAGGCUUCACUCUGGAUGACAAACGAGGGGGGGAGAGGCCUGCCCUGCCUGGACGCUCGGUCCUACAGUGUCUGUAUAACCAAUGUGAACCCCGGAGCAAGUCUCAGCAAGUACCAUUUCUCUCCUUAGAGGAGUCUCCUAGUGGUUCCCGUCCAGACCUGGGAAAGUAUCCAACUCUCUGUGCCUCAAUAUACUGGUCUGUUAAAUGGGCCUCCUAGGAAACUCAGUGAAGUAAGCAAUACAAAUAAAUGCCUUAUGAGGUCACAGAGGUCACCCAGAAUCCCAACCCUCUGCUUUGAUGCCCUCAGUCUGUUCUCUACACUUGCCGAAGCACAUUUGUGCAGGAGAGCCAAAGCUAUGAGCCUCCCUGAGUGGGGAUGGUCAGGCAGAACUAAAAAGGCCAAGAGGAAACACAGAAAAUGUGUCCAACUACUCAGGAAGCUGACCCUGCAGAGCUACACUUGACCCGGAAGAAGGUGAUUUGGGGACGGAGGUCCAGUGUUGGGGUACUGGAGCGCAGAAAAGCAGUUCGAGAUCUCAAAACAGAGAUGCCCCUUCUGCUGCAUAGUUCUGUACCUUGAGGCGUCACUACCCAGAAUUUCCCGGCCCUCAUGAGGCCUGCAUCUCUCGCAACGAGCCACCAGGAGGCGCCCCGCGCCUACAAAUCCUCCUCAGGGCCGCCUACGUGAGGAAGUGUUUCCCUGACCGCAGCCAGGCUUCCACAGCUGAGCAGGCUACAGUGUGGCCAAGGUCCCGCCACUGAGCCUGCCACCAAUGCUUCUCCGGCUCCCACCAAGGCCAAGUUUCUGCUCUUUUCCUGAGUCCCCACCUGCGAAUGUCUCAGCCUCAUUGCAAGCACAGCGACCAUUGCUGGUCAGGGUCUGGUUUGGUCUGUUCUCAUCACGGCCACAGCUCCUUAGUCUCAGUCCAUCCCAGGUUUCUAUGCAGCAAAUGUUACUGCUGCUUUGUUCAGACUCAUCCUGUGCGUUAACGCUUAGGCCUGGGCCACCGGGGCGGGAGGUCAGAGCCUGCAAGAGAACAGUCACUGCCUACCGGGACUUCUCCUGGCUUCCUUAAUCGUGGGUAGAGGCUCCACUUGGAAACCACCAGCGGCAAACAGCUCCUGAAUUUUUUUGAUUACAUUUUUAGUUAUGUUUUGUUUGUUUGUUGUCUGUGAACUUAUGUCACAUCAAGUGUGUGCAGGUCAGAGGACAACUUGCAGGUGUCAAUUCUUCCCUUCAACCAUGUGGGUCUCUGGGAUUGAACGCUGGCCCUUAGGCUUAGACACAGUUACCCACUCAGUCGUUUAUCCAGCCUUCAAAAGUAUAGUAUUUUUAAAUACUUGUAAGCUGGAGAUGGUGGUACAGAUGUACAGUCCUGCUAUUUGCUGUCUGAGAUGGUGCCUGUGUAGCCAGCACCUUCAUGGGGGUUUUGCAUAGGGAACAUUGUUGAUCUCUCAACAGCCCAGUGACAGAGGUCUGGGCUUGACUCCAUUGAAAAAGAUGUCCCUCAGGCUGGAGGGACCUUAAGUGAUUUGCUGAUGAGCUGAACAGCUGACCAGGUCCUCCAUGCCCCCUUACCUCCUCCUGAGACCUUCUCUUUAUAACCCCCUCCCACACAUAGGCACUCAGGACCCCCAAUAGCCAGAUCUAUUCCAGCUCCCAGCUCAGAGUAGGCUCCUCUGCAUCUUCGAUGGUGAGCUAGGCUGGGGCUGGCUUUAGUUGUAGGGCCAGAUCCUCCCUGUACAGUGGCCCUGGAGAGAACCACACUGACCCUAGCGGUUGGAAGCACAGUUGCUAGAUCCCCUUCCCGGAGGCCCUGCAUCUGCUGGCUCUGUGCCUGGAAUGCCACUCUGUUCCCAGGGGCUCCUCAUGGCGGCUGCCAGCCUCCCUCCCUGUCUCCCAUUAAUCAUGUGUGCAGGAUUUAUAUUCUCCAGCAAUUUAUUUCAGUAAAUGCAAUCUGGGUGUGCCUGCAGGUGGGCAGGAUGCUCCACUGCUGCUGGAGUCACGCAGCCUGGCUUUAUUGUCAGGGUAAUGGGCAUGACUCAAAAGCCAGCACCCUCAAGGAAGAUGCCAGGCCUAGCCAGGCCCUGGAGCAGAACACCGGGGACCCAGGGACCAGCCCUCCCCAACGUGGACUUGACAACCCCAAGGGUCCUGCUCCGUCAUCUUUUCUCAAAUGACUUAAGAAUUGGGGGUAGGAAGGAGACUGCAGUCUCAAUCCUCAACUUGACAGUUCAAGGUCCAGAUUGGGGAGAUACAGGGGUGGGGGUCUAGUUUCCUGACCCAGGCCCUCCUCUGAGUUGCUACCCCUCAAGUGUGCAAGACUCAUCUUGGAGGGACCAUAACCCCACUUCAACUUUCUGAGUCCUCUUGUGCCCUUUCAUCUCCCUCUGUCUCUUUCUGGUCACUGGGUGUGGCAGCCUAAGGCUAGGCAGAAACAGCCUGAGGUCAUGUAGGAGCUAGGCUACCAGGUCUUGGAGUCAGUCCUCCCACUUAUCCGCCCAUUUACAGGCUCUGAAACAGUGAGAAGAGGCAGGGGCUACAGCAGCAGGGUCUGGCCCUCUGUAGCCCUCUCCAUCCAACACCCCAGAUUCCUUCCGUUCCAGGUCAACCCUUCUUGGAAGCACCCUCAUGGACAUGCCCAUCGACUUGCCUCUAAGGUGAUCCUAGUUCCUGUCAAGUUGACGGUUGGACAGUGAACUACGGAGAUCUGCGCAUGGUGGUCUUGUGGCUGGCUAAGGCUUCAAGUUUGAGGCCAGCCUUGGCAAGAAGGGAAGGGAGAUGUAGGGUCUGCUUAGCCCCACCCCCCCCACCCCAGCCCUUCUGGCAGAUUCCAGUACAACCCUGCUUCUCAAUCCACGGAUCUGUGGCAAGCAGCCCAGCUUCAGCACCCCACACUCCUAGACAGAACCCCCACCUCUCCAGGUCCCUCCUAAAGCCUAGGGGAAGUGGGAAGGUCAGAGUGAAAAGCAAAGCUGACAAACUGAAAGGAACUCUUAGCCAUGAGGAAGGCUCUCUUCCCAGCCAUCCCCUGAAGUCAGGUCACCCCCACUCCCUGGGGAGCCCCCUCCCACUGCCACCUUCCAUGUCCUUUUUCCUUUUCAGGGGUUGCCACAGCUCCCUUUCUACCUCCCUGUUCAUUCAGUUCAACAGCGUCCCAGUGACCUUUGAGACCCAGAGCGAUGACCCUGACAUCCCCUAGCAGGAAGACUGAACUGCAUCAAUUCUGUUAAUCUUCCCAGCAGGAUAGAUAUUGAGCCGCCCUCCCAGAUGAAUCCACAUCCAUUCCUCAGAGGCUGGUGUCACACAGAGCCACAUUUCUGAGACCCAGGGCUGCCAGGAACCUGCUCCCUACAUUACAGCUUCCUCCCUGUGUUUCUGGAAGUCUCAUCAUUCUUGGGUGAGAGAAGAGUCUACUUCCUUCAGACUGGACUCAAAGCCUGACCCAUGCUAAGAAGGCAGAGUGAGGAAAGAGAGUUCUAUGCUGGCCACUCUGGCCCGGGCAGCUUCAGCAGGCACCCAGGAGCCACACCUCUCUGCUAAGAAUUUGGAGACCACCUGAGAUUUACCCCCAUGAUACUCGUAGAUAAUUCCAAUCCCUGGUGUCAUUGAAUACACACAACAAUCUAUAACCAGCAUUCUCUUCACUUUCCUGGAUGCAUCCUGUUGGUGGGAGACGGGCUACAUACUGUUCCCUUUGAAGAGCACACAGCCCCUGGACACAGCGUGUCCUAAUUCCUGCACCUAAAUCCUUAACCAACAUGGCCCCGCUGCCAGCACAAAUCAAGGUGCCAAGGGUAGUUUUUUUUUGUUUGUACCCAAAGGUCCAGCCAUACCCCAGGUGGUGACUGGCCAUUGGGACAGCUGCCUAUUUAUGAACCUUCUUUCAAGAGCCCCUCCUGCCAGAUCAGGGUCACGGCAACUGAAAACAAUGCUGGACACACUGAGCGGGCAGGGAUGGGGGUCUGGGAGAGACUCAGAAACUGCUGGGUCCUACGCUCCCCAAACUGGGCCACAGUGGGGCCUUUCAUCUCCCACUUGCUUUUGCCUCUUCCCACCCCGCUACCCCAGUGCAGCAAUUACGGCGCAAAUUAGAAUGCUUUGAUCAUCUUUAGAAAUGGCCACACGGAGGAGGGACACUGGCAAGCAAUUAGGGGCAGAGGGGCUGGAAGUUCAAUGGCUUGCUUAGGGGGUGAGAAUGCCCAGGACACCCACCCCUAUCCCUAGCUCUCCUCCCUCCAAGAGUGCCUGCUCCAGCAGAGCAGUGGACUCCCCAGGGUGGCAGAAACAGAUGGGGAUCUCCCCCUCCCAGCCCCUGCCCACCAGUCUCCCUCUGCCUGGCCCCCAGCCCAACGGUCAGUUUUCCUUCCCCAUCUCAGCCCCUUUGAAGCGGCCGCAGUAACAAGGGCUGCUUUCACAGAAGUAGGGAGACUCAGAGUGGGAUGAUGGGACUUCAAAGGUGAGGGUCCAGCCCGCUACCUCAUUCCCUCCCUGAGUCCUGGCUGCCCUCCCACGCACCCCCCGCCCCCGUCCUCUAUAUAGCUCCAGAGCAUCGUUUCCCCGAGGGCUCCCAGGAGGUGAGGGCCAGGUGAGGUGCAGACCACUAAAGAUAGGUAACUUAGUGUAAGACAACGGGAUCAAAUGAUUUAAGGGACACAAAGAAACCCAGGAGAGGGUGGAGUCCAGGAAGAAAGAGAACAGGGUCUCCUGCCUUGGCCCCAGGUCACCAUGCCGCUGGCUAUGUUGUUGUUGCUGCUGCUGCUGCUGCUACUGUCCCCAGACUCCCAGACUGCCAAUGGGCAUCCACUGUACAUGCGCCUGUCCCCCAGCACCCUGCAAGUUUUGUCUGCCCAGGGGACUCAGGCAUUGCAGGCUGCCCAGAGGAGUGUCCAGUGGGCCAUAAAGCACGUGUCCAUGGAGAUCCAGCACAGACGGCAUGAAUGCCAAGGACCUGGACGCCCUAGGCCUCAAGCCUCGGUCUUCCAGGACCCACCACCAGAGCCAGGUCCAUGUGGAGAAAGACGCCAAAGCGUUGCCAACACGACCCGGGCUCACGGCCGCAUAGUCGGUGGCAGCACGGCUCCAUUGGGAGCCUGGCCUUGGCUAGUGAGGCUGCAACUUGGGGGCCUGCCUCUGUGCGGGGGCGUUCUGGUGGCAGCGUCCUGGGUGCUCACGGCUGCACACUGCUUCGCCGGUGCCUCGAAUGAGCUUCUGUGGACUGUGAUGCUAGCCGAGGGACCCCAGGGGGAGCAAGCAGAGGAAGUGCAGGUGAAUCGUAUCUUGCCCCACCCUAAGUUUGACCCGCAGACUUUUCACAAUGACCUAGCGUUGGUACAGCUGUGGACGCCUGUGAACUCAGAGGGGCCUGCGCGCCCCAUUUGCCUACCCGAGGGUUCUCGGGAGCCUCCUGCCGGCACUCCCUGCACCAUCGCAGGCUGGGGGGCUCUCUUCGAAGACGGGCCUGAGUCUGAGGCAGUGAGGGAGGCCCGCGUUCCGCUACUCAGUGCAGACACCUGUCAAAAGGCCCUGGGGCCUGGGCUGAGUCCCAGCACCAUGCUCUGCGCUGGUUACCUGGCAGGGGGCAUCGACUCAUGCCAGGGUGACUCCGGGGGCCCUUUAACCUGUUCUGAGCCCGGCCCGCGCCCCAGAGAGGUCCUCUUUGGAGUCACUUCUUGGGGAGAUGGCUGUGGUGAGCCUGGGAAGCCUGGGGUCUAUACCCGUGUGGCCGUGUUCAAAGACUGGCUGCAGGAGCAGAUGAGCGCGGGCCCCUCCACUCGCGAGCCUAGCUGCAGAGAACUUCUAAAUUGGAACGCUCGGGAAGAGGAGCCGUUCGCCGACGCCCCGGGCCUCUGUGCCUUCUAUGAGCGCCAGUGCCUAGGGUCCGAGAGCUCCUGUGCGCGCCUAGCGCUCCAACAGUGUGUGCAGCGCCGGCGGCGGUGUGAGCUGCGGUCACUGGCGCACACGCUGCUCGGCCUGCUGCGGGGCGCGCAGGAGCUGCUCGGCCCCCGGCCAGGGCUGCGGCGUGGAGCUCCAGCACCUGCUCACUCCGCUCCAUCGCUCCAGGAGCUACCGGGUCACAAUGCCCGCGAACAGCGGUUAUACUCAGGAUCCCGAGUUGCAGGAGCUUGGUUCCAGAAGCCAAAGCAGGAGCGGCGCGCGGAAACGAAGGGCUGCCCUGGACUGGAGCCACUGCAACAGAAGUUGGCGGCUAUUCAGCGAGCACACGCUUGGAUUCUACAGAUCCCAGCUGAGCAUUUGGCCAUGAACUUUCAUGAGGUGCUGGCAGAUCUGGGCUCCAAGACACUGACAGGACUCUUCAGAGCUUGGGUGAGGGCCAGCUUGGGGGACCAGCGUGUGGUCUUCAGUGGCCUGGUGGGCUUGGAACCUUCUACACUGGCUCAGAGUCUCCCCCGGCUCCUAGUGCAGGCCCUGAAGGCCUUCCGCUCAGCUUUCCUGACAGAAGGAGAGCCCCAGGCAUCCUGGAUAGGUACAGAACAAGAACAGAGGCUGGGAAAGGAGCACCAGGGCCAACUCCAGCCUCCUGUUCCCUGAACCAGGCGACCCUGCGAUGGCCACACUGUCCUGAAGGCUAAAGGGGCUGUGUGAGAUGUAACAAAGUCUCACUAUUCCGGUUGAUCUUGUAUGUGUGAAUAGAGUGGGAUCCUGGACCUCACAUGUCUUUUUAAAUGUGUCACCAGACACUCACGGCUGCUUUAAUAAAUGUUAUUUAUACUCUGCCUAAAA